UCUCCUUCUUCUCCCUCCUCCCAAUCCACCCCUGCCACUGCGCCCCGGAGGCGGCCAGCUUCCGCCACGUCCAUCGCCGACGCAUCAUAGCUUGUCACUAGCCAGGGAGCUGCCGGAGGACGAACAGUCAGAGGCGGCAGCGGCGGCAAGGUGGGGGGUAGUGACUGACAGUGCGGUACCAAUACCGCUAGUACUGCUCCAAGAACCCUAGCGGGGGUGGUGGCCGGCGGCCGCCUGGGGUUUCUUUCCAGUCUUCGCUUUCUCGAGAGGCUGCUCAGAAAUAAAGAUGCCGACAGGCGAAAGCCUACGUGCAGAGCUAUCAUCCAAGACACCGCCGUUUGGUCUGAGGCUGUGGAUAGUGAUUGGCAUCAGUAUCUGGGUGGUAAUCUUCUGUAUACUAGGUUUCAUGUGCUUCUGGUCGAUAUAUCGGAGGAAGCCAAAGAAGUCUUUUGAUAACAUCCCAGUAUCUCAAAUCCCGGAUGUAUCGAAGGAGAUUGCGGUGGAUGAAGUGCGGCAACACGCUGUUGUUGAGAACUACCAAGUGCAAGAGAGCCAUGCACUGACAGUAAAAGAGAAACCUCAUGAUAAAGAUUCCGGGAAAAUGCUGGGGCACUUGGUUAGGACGAAAUCAAGUGAUGCUGAUAAUUUGAGCCAGUGCAGCUCGGUCUACCAAUGCGAUAGGGCUGGUAGUUCGUAUUCUGGUGACGAAGGCAACUCGGGCAAUGCUAGGAGGCAGUAUACUCAGUAUGCAACUGUCUCCGCGUCCCCUCUGGUUGGUCUCCCAGAAUUUUCACACCUGGGUUGGGGCCAUUGGUUCACUCUGAGGGAUCUGGAGCAUUCUACCAAUCGGUUUUCUAAGGAGAAUAUCAUUGGAGAGGGUGGAUAUGGGGUAGUCUACCGUGGUCGACUCAUAAACGGGACUGAUGUUGCAAUAAAAAAGCUUCUGAAUAACAUGGGCCAGGCGGAAAAGGAGUUCAGGGUUGAAGUUGAGGCUAUUGGCCACGUCAGGCAUAAAAACCUUGUCCGCCUGCUAGGAUAUUGCGUCGAGGGAAUCCACAGGAUGCUUGUGUAUGAGUAUGUGAAUAAUGGAAACUUGGAACAGUGGAUCCACGGUGCCAUGCGGCAACAUGGUGUUCUUACUUGGGAAGCUCGAAUGAAAAUCGUUCUUGGAAUUGCCAAGGCGCUUUCUUAUCUACAUGAAGCCAUAGAACCAAAAGUUGUGCAUCGCGAUAUCAAGUCAAGCAAUAUCCUAAUUGACGAGGAUUUCAACGGAAAGCUUUCUGAUUUUGGAUUGGCCAAGAUGUUGGGUGCAGGGAAGAGCCAUAUCACAACUCGAGUUAUGGGAACUUUUGGGUAUGUAGCCCCUGAAUAUGCCAACACAGGUCUGUUAAACGAGAAGAGCGAUGUCUACAGCUUUGGUGUGCUGCUACUGGAAGCAGUUACUGGGAGGGAUCCUGUCGAUUACGGUCGACCAGCUAAUGAGGUGCAUCUAGUGGAGUGGCUGAAAAUGAUGGUUGGCACGAGGAGAGCCGAGGAGGUGGUGGACCGUGACAUGGAGGUAAAGCCGACGAUCCGGGCUCUCAAGCGCGCCCUUCUGGUGGCGCUGAGGUGCGUCGACCCAGAUUCCGAGAAGAGACCCUCCAUGGGUCACGUUGUCCGGAUGCUAGAGGCAGAAGACGUCCCGUCAAGGGAGGACCGGAGGAGCCGGAGGGGCCACGCCGGCAAUGCGGACACCGAGUCCAAGGCGAGCUCAAGCGAGUUCGAGCAGCGCCAACAGCAGCAGGCACCGCCGCCGCCGCAGCAGCCCGUGGCGGGGCCGGAGGAUCUGAUCAAUCUAUGCCAUGACGGGCGCGUGAAGGAGGCGGUGGAGCUGCUCGAGAAGGGGGCGCGGGCCGACGCGCCCUCCUUCCACGCGCUGGCGGCCGCCUGCUCCAGCCCGAAGCUGCUAGACGAUCUCCGCAAGGUGCACGACUUCCUGCUCCGCUCGCCGUUCCGCGCCGACCUGCAGGUGAACAACAAGGUGCUGGAGAUGUACAGCCGGUGCGAGAACAUGACGCACGCACGCAGGACGUUCGACCACAUGCCCGACCGGGACGCGGCGUCCUGGCACAUCAUGAUCGGCGGCUACGCGGCCAACGGGCUCGGCGACGCCGCGCUGCAGCUCUUCGAGGAGAUGAAGCGGUGCGGCGUGCCGCCCACCGCGCGCACCUUCUCGCUGGUGCUCGACGCGUGCGCCAACUCGGAGGCCAUCGAGGAGGCGCUGCUCUACUUCGACGCCAUGGCCAGGGACCACGGCAUCGAGCCGGGCGUGGAGCACUAUGUUGGGAUCAUCGAGGUGCUCGGCAAGUCGGGGCAUCUCGACGAGGCUGUGGCGUACAUCGAGGAGAAGCUGCCGUUCGAGCCCAAUGCCGUGGUGUGGGAGUCGCUGCUGAACCUGGCGCGCAUGAACGGGGAUGUUGACCUUGAGGACCGGGCGGAGGAGCUGCUGGUCUCGCUUGACCCGUCCAAGCUCAACCCUAAGAAGCUGCCGACCCCUCCUCCCAAGAGGCGCCUCGGGAUCAACAUGCUCGACGGGAGGAACAAGCUGGGGGAGUACAGGCUGCCGCCCAAGAUCGAGAAGAAGGUGGUGAACGAGCAGCGCUACGUGCCCGACACCAGGUACGUGCUCCACGACAUCGACCAGGAGGCCAAGGAGCAGGCCCUGCUGUACCACAGCGAGAGGCUGGCCAUCGCCUACGGCCUCAUCAGCACUCCCGCUCGGACACCGCUCCGCAUCAUCAAGAACCUCAGGAUCUGCGGGGACUGCCACAAUGCCAUCAAGAUCAUGUCCAGGAUCGUCGGGAGGGAGCUUAUUGUCAGGGACAACAAGCGGUUCCACCAUUUCAAGGAGGGCAAGUGCUCCUGCGGUGACUACUGGUGAACACGGUUCCGUGCAAGUUGGAUCCCAUUAUCUGAUG